UACAGUCAUCUAUUAUAUUCCCACCCCCUCCCCGUUAAUCAUUACACAAACAGAAUAUUAUAUAUUUUUCUCUAUUUAAUUUCUCAUAAACCAUAUAUGGCUGUUCUAUAUUAUGAUAAUUAUAAUCGUACCCAUCUUCUGAUCCUCUCCUUUUCCAUCCUGUUCUUCUCUUUUUCCUCACGUUUGGUCAACAGUGGUUUCCAUGGCGAGCGUCGUCGCGAACGAGUUCAUGGCUAUCAUUACGACGAGCUUAAUAAUUUCUCUGAAGAUCAAGAAGGAGGGUUAACGCUGUUGUCUGGUGCAGGGUACGAUCCUGAAGCUCACCCUUCAUUUCUCAGCUCCAUUAAUGGCGAUCGAGAUGAAGAAUUUACGGAGGCAGAACCCAGUGUCUUGAGCUUCAAAGGCAUUGAGGAUCUCCGAAGUGCUAAGCCCAGAUCAGUUAUUUUCAAUGUUGAUGAUUUUGGAGCUGAAGGUGAUGGAAUUCAUGAUGAUACGCAGGUAUUUGAGGAGGCUUGGGAGAAAGCAUGUUCUUAUAAAGGGCCAGCUCUUUUUCUAGUUCCCGAGCGAAGAACAUAUCUUAUUGGGCCAAUCAGAUUUUUAGGUCCCUGCAAAUCUAACCUUGUAAUUCAGAUAUCUGGAACAAUAUUAGCAUCAGAUAAUCGUUCAGAUUACAGAAAAGAUCCCAGACACUGGAUUGUAAUUGACAGUGUCGAUAAUUUAUUAGUCGAAGGUGGCGGAACCAUCCAUGGCAAUGGCCAAAUUUGGUGGCGAAAUUCAUGCAAAAUUAAUAAAUCUCUCCCUUGCAAGGAAGCACCCACGGCGGUCACUUUCUACAAGUGCAAAAAUUUAAUGGUGAGGAACGUGAAGGUGCAAGACGCACAGCAAAUGCAAGUUUCCUUCGAAAAAUGCAGUGAGGUCACAGCUUCAGAUCUCACGGUCACGGCACCCGAGAAAAGCCCAAACACUGAUGGAAUUCACGUCACCAACACUCAAAAUAUCCUUAUUACAAACACUUUUAUCGGAACAGGUGAUGAUUGUAUUUCCAUCGAAAGCGGGUCCCAUAAUGUACAAAUUGAAGAAUUAACCUGCGGACCGGGUCACGGAAUCAGCAGUAUUGGGAGUUUAGGAGACAACAAUUCAAAAGCUUUUGUCUCGUUCGUCACCGUUAACGGAGCUAAGCUCUCAGGAACUACUAACGGAGUUAGGAUUAAAACAUAUCAGGGAGGGUCGGGGAGUGCAAGCAACAUCAAGUUUCAAAACGUGGACAUGGAGAACGUGAAAAAUCCCAUCAUAAUAGACCAAAACUACUGUGACCAAAAGAAGCCUUGUAAAAAACAGAAAUCAGCGGUGCAGGUGAAAGAUGUACUGUACCAGAACAUACAGGGAAAUAGUGCUUCAGAUGUGGCUAUAGAUUUUGACUGCAGUGAAAAUUAUCCAUGCCUGGGGGUAAAACUGCAGAACGUGAGACUGCAAAGAGCGGAUCGCGUUGACGAAGAAGCCAAAGCUAUAUGCAAUCAUGUUGAGUUGACGGAAACUGGAGUGGUUUUCCCACGUUGCCCAGAUUAUCAUCUUAAACAUGACGAGCUUUAGGGUUUGUUAAUUAUAUAAUUUGUAAAUAUAUACAUAUAAACGUGUAUAAUUAUAUGCAUGUCGUGACUGAGAUCAGGUAUACGUGUCGUAACUACGUCACUCGAUUAUAUUUAUCCGAUAUGAAUAAAAGUUAAAAAGUUUGUAUA